AUGUCGCUAGAGGUACGCGUCAAUCCUGAGCACAGUAUGCAGCCGUCGCAGCACCCGGCGGGUCCCGGUUCAUCCGGGGAAUCCCGCCCCGCCGCUUCGGCGGCGGGCUGCCCUUCGUAUCUGGGGGGGGCACCCACCGUUUCGCGGCUUCGGCCGUGUUGUGAGGAGGAGGACUCUGUAAAUAAUGCAGGAGUUGUAAAUAACAGUGUAAAUAUUAGUGUGUGUGUAGAUGUAAAUAAAGAAGGUGUAAAUAAUGUAAAUAUACAAGAGGAGAAGAGGGAAGAAACCGCGGACACGCUCGGUGUGAUGGAGCUGCGCGAACCGCGGGUUGUCCUAGAACGGGUCGACAUUGAGUCGGACUCCGCAUCGGCGGUCUCCAUGAACUCGGUUGGCUCUGACUCGGGAAACGAGCGUACUAGGACGAAGUUUUGGACCAGGAAGCGAAGUUGGGAGAGAAACUCUGCCGCUUCGGAUUCGGAGAAAGACGAGAGCGCCCCACAUCGAAAGCUGUCAGCGGGGAAAGCUCCUCGAGGCCGAGGCCGACCGCCAAGCUCCGGCGAGUACAUCGGCAAGGCCAAGGCUCAGGCGGCCUUCAGAAAGGCAAAGCUGCAGUUAGAGCGAGAGGAACUUCAGCUUCAAGCUGAAAAAGAAAUUGUGGACUUGACGGUCGAGGCUCGUUCUUCUAGAACGAACGCUGAAGCCAGGCUUGCCACAAUACAAGCGAUUGAGGAGAACGAGACGGUCGACGGUCUACUAAAACGUGUCCAGACCGGGAUCGAUCUCGUCCAGAAAGUGGGGAAAAAGUCGGGCCGUCUCCAAGGCCCGAUGCAAGCUGCCUUAAAAGAGGCAGUUGUAAUGAUAAGGGCGGCCACUAACACCUUGGCUACCCGCACGGCAACGGAAGAAAUUCACGACCUUCAGGCGCAGAACGAUGUCCUGAGGGCGGAAAUUAAUGAAAUGAGGAAGGAGAUGGCCGAGUUAAAGGCCCGACUCCGGGUGAAAGCCCCAACGGAGGUGACCUCGAAUGAGACGCCCCCUUCCUAUAUGGAAGAGUGGGCGUCCAAAAUUCUCGGCGUAGCAACCGCGCGGAUCAACGCCCAAAUUGAAGGGCUCGAGCCGCGCCUAAAUCCAGAACCGCGACUCCGUCCAGCUCUGGCAUUCGAGAAGAGACGGGAGGGGGCCCCUUUACAGCCUCCUCCACCAGUUGAGCCGACGGCAAAUCAGCCGGAAACCGUUAAGGACGCAGCUAAAAGCCGCAAUCCUCCGGCAGCGGGAAAAGUAGUUACCGCAAAGGCGAACGAGGGCCCAAAAGGUAACACCAAAAAGGGUAAAAAGAAGAAGAGGCAAAGAGUGGCCCCAGUAGAGGCCGCUCCACCCGUUUCACGACCACUCCCACCUGCGCCAGUCUCAAUGAGCGAGGGCUGGAGCACUGUGGUUAAAAAGGGAAAGACCAACGGGAAAGCUGGUCAAAAGCCGACUCCUAAAAACCAGCAGAAAAGGACGGCUCAGCCUAAGCAGGUGAAAGCACGCCCACCCAGCUCGGCAGCAGUGGUACUGUCGGUACAGCCUGGAGCUGCGGAAAAGGGCGUCACAUAUGAGAAAGCGAUCGGUGAAGCCAAAAAACGGAUCGAUAUUAGCGAAUUGGGUAUCGAAGCUGUUCGCUUCCGUAGGGCGGUCACCGGCGCCACGAUAAUAGAGGUCCCCGGGGCCACUAGUGACGCAAAAGCGGACUCCCUAGCUGAAAAGCUCAGGGCCAUUUUCAAGGAUGAGGAUGUGCGGGUGUCCAGGCCCAUAAAAUGCUCCGAGCUACGAGUUUCGGGCCUGGACGACUCGGUCACGUCAGACGAGGUGGCGGCUGCGGUGGCGAAACUUGGAGGCUGCCCAGUCGAAGCGGUGAAAGUGGGAAACCCUCGCCGCGACUAUACAGGACUAUUCGCUGCCUGGGUGCGUUGCCCAGUUAUGGCGGCGAAGAAAGUGGCAGAGGGCCGCCUCCUGGUCGGUUGGGUGGCCGCCAGGAGGUGGACCGUAGCCGCCAAUGCUUUAGGUGUGGACAAAUUGGCCACGUUGCGGCGACCUGCGAGAAUGAGCCUCACUGCUCACUAUGCGCAACAGCGGACAAACCGGCGGGACACCGGGUGGGCAGUAAGGCCUGCAAAGCUCCUGCCACAAAGAUUAGUAGGAGGGCGGCGGCAAGUGCUAAAGGCCAGCCAAAGCCAUCCCAUCCCACCGACGGUGGGCCCGAGGAGGUGCACAUGGCUGGUAGUUAAUAUGGCCCAUAGAUUUCUGAUGGUGAACGUCAACCACUGCGCCAGAGCUCAGGACCUCUUACACCAGAGCAUGGCACAGUGGUCGACCCAAGUCUGCAUCGUGACGGAGCCGUAUUUCGUCCACGAGCGGGAUAACUGGGCUGGUGACUCGAAUGACAAAGUCGCGAUUAUUACCAACCCAACAGCCGACUCUCCACCAUUUGGUGCAGUUCGGAGAGGUCAAGGCUGUGUAGCUGUCCUCGUCGGAGAGGUGGUGAUCGUGGGAGCAUAUUUCUCGCCAAACCGCUCCAUCGCCGAAUUUGAAGCGUUUUUGGCGGAAACUGAGACUUUGCUGUCUGGGUGGGGUCGUCCCCACCAUGUGAUAGUAGCUGGGGACCUAAAUGCCAAGUCGGUGGCGUGGGGCUCCCGCAUAACCGAUCUACGCGGCGAGUUAUUGGAGGACUGGCUGCUAGCCAACGGGCUAGUUGUGCUGAACCGGGGGACGGCCGAAACGUGUGUGCGGAUGCAGGGCGGGUCGGUUGUGGACGUGACGUUCGCGAGCCCCGCCCUGGCACGCCGUGUCCAAAGCUGGGAGGUGCUGGAGGAGGUCGAGACGCUGUCGGACCACAAGUACGUGCGUUUCGACAUCUUCCCCGAUCGGCCGGCGCCUGUUAGCUCAAGCCGUUCCCCGUUAGAGAUAGGCCCACGGUGGGCACUAAAGCGCUUGGACCGUGACACGCUAGUGGUCGCAGCACUGGUUGAGAGCUGGUCGCCGUGGUCGGACGAUACUGAAUCAGACCGCGAGGUCGAGUGGUUCCGUGAGGCCAUGACCCACGUGUGCGAUGCGGCGAUGCCCAGAGUAAGGGCGUUGCCGGCUCGCACUGCAGUGCACUGGUGGUCUCCGGAACUAACUCGGCUCAGAGAGGCGUGUGUUGCGGCAAGGCGCUGCUAUUCCCGGCACAGAAGAAGACGUAACCGCGAUGAAACGCGGGAUAGUCCGCUUUAUGCGGUAUACCAGGACGCAAAGAAAGCGCUGAGGGGUGCGAUAGGGGCGGCCAAAAACGCCGCCUGGGAGGAGCUCCUCUCCACUCUUAACCAGGAUCCGUGGGGGAGGCCGUACCGGCUCGUGAUGAGCAAACUACGCCCGUGGACUCCCCCGCUCACCACCACCAUGGAUCCUGGUCUUCUGCGCAACGUUGUGGAGACACUGUUCCCCGAAAGAACAGAACAUCAGCCUCCGGUACACUUCAGCUCAGUGGGAGCUAACGCAGAUGAAGCACCGGAAGUAACCGAGGGAGAGCUGGGAGCGGCCAUCUUACGCCUACAGGCGAAGAAAACUGCUCCUGGCCCAGAUGGCGUACCUGGGAAGGCGUGGGUGCUAACACUCAAAAAUGGAAUGGAACCUCGGUUUCGGGCACUCCUUACUGCUUGCCUGAGGCGAGGCCAUUUUCCUCGGCAAUGGAAAAUAGGGAAGUUGGUGCUCCUCAAAAAGGGAGGUCGACCUGCUGACUCUCCGUCGGCAUAUAGGCCGAUUGUACUUUUGGACGAGGCGGCCAAAUUGCUUGAGCGUGUCAUCGCUAUGCGCCUCAACAAACACCUUGAGGAUGCAGGUCCGAACCUAGCGGACAAUCAGUUUGGCUUCCGACGGGGAAGAUCAACAAUCGAUGCCAUAGAGCGGGUGAGGGUCCAUGCUGAAGACGAAGUAGAACGCGGGGGCUGUGUGGUGGCGGUGUCACUAGACAUCGCCAAUGCGUUUAACACUCUCCCCCACGUAUGUAUUGAGGAGGCACUUAAAUUCCACGGAUUCCCCUUAUACCUGCAGCAAAUCGUCAUGGACUACCUAAGAGCCCGGGAAAUAAUCUUCCCGACCGCAGAUGGCUGGGGCAGGAGGCCCGUGGCGUGCGGUGUUCCACAGGGUUCGGUCCUUGGUCCGCUCCUGUGGAACAUCGGGUACGACUGGGCCAUCCGGGGCUCAACCCUGCAUGGUGUAGGGGUGAUUUGCUACGCGGACGAUACCCUCGUAACAGCAAAGGGUAGAAGUUAUAGAGAUGCGGCCAUCCUAGCGACUGCAGGAGUUGCCCAGGUGGUGGACCGCAUUCGAAAAUUGGGGCUUAAGGUCGCCCUGAACAAAUCAGAGGCGAUCUGUUUCCACGGGCCUAGGAAAGCACCGCCAGCCGGGGCGAAUAUCGUUGUGGGUGGCGUAUCCAUCGGGGUCGGGUCGACCAUGAAGUACCUGGGACUGGUCCUCGACAGCCGGUGGAACUUCAAGGCCCACUUCAGAUAUCUCGCCCCAAAACUCAUGAGGACGGCAGCGGCACUAUCUCGCAUCAUGCCGAAUUUGGGAGGCCCGCACAUGGGGUGUCGUCGCCUCUUUGCCGGGGUCAUCCGAUCCAUGGCCUUGUACGGCGCUCCUGUGUGGGUAAACUCCCUACACAUACGGGAAAACCUGACGGCACUUCGGAGGCCGCAGCGUGUGAUGGCAAUAAGGAUGGUGCGUGCCUAUAGCACUGUCGGCAGAGAAGCAGCUUGUGCGCUUGCUGGUACCCCUCCCUGGGAGCUCGAGGCCAAAGUGCUGGCGGAGGUUUACCACCACACUGCUGCCGCAAAGCGCAGCGGUAACCCGCCGGCACCACGGGAAGUCGAGCACUGGAGGGAGGAGGCCCGCAACACUAUUGUGGACGAGUGGUCGGUCUGUCUGACGGAGCCCAGCGCGGGUCACCGGACGAUCGACGCACUGCAGCCUUAUGUACGAGAGUGGAUGGAGCGGCGCGGCCGAUCUCUCACUUACCGGAUGGUGCAGGUGUUGACCGGGCAUGGCUGCUUCGGUAGAUACCUGCACAGGAUCGGUCGUGAGAGAUCGGCCGACUGCCACCAUUGUGGCAACAGUGACGACACCGCAGAGCACACCGUGGAAGUGUGCAAUGCGUGGGCGCCGCACAGGACAACACUCCGUGCGGCGAUUGGACAGGACAUUACGCUGCCGGCAUUGGUUAGGGCCAUGGUCGGCGGCGACACCGGCUUUGACGCAGUUCGGUCAUUCUGUGAGACCGUUAUGGCCGAAAAGGAGGCGGCUGAAAGGGACAGGGAGGAUGAUCCCUUCUCUGAUCCCAUACGCCGAAGAAGAGUCGGUCGAAGGCGGCGGGCUUUUGCUCGCCAGCCUUGA